AUGACGAACUGGGCAGAUGACAUUAUCGAAGAGGAAACAGACGACGGCGAGGAUUUCCGCAGCGACGGCGACGUACUUGGAGAGGUGACUGGCAGAGUCAAGCGGAGAGUAGUCGGCGUUCAGCAGUCGAUUCCACUUGAGGAGCAGUGGGAGGCGGACGUUGAGGCCCUCGAGGCCCGCAAGGCAGAACCUCCAGCGACACAGUUCCGACAAUGUGCCCAAAUGCAUACCGAUUGGGUAAACGAUAUUUUGCUGUGCAACCAGAAUCAAACCCUUGUUUCUGCGUCUUCUGACGGCACUAUCAGGACGUGGAAUCCACACGCACAGGAACAAUUGAGUCCAUCGCAAGAACCUACCACCAUUGGAACACAUGGCGACUAUGUUCGUUGCCUCGUACAUAGUCGCGAACAACAUUGGGUCGCAUCAGGUUCAUUCGACCGCACGAUCAAAUUAUGGGAUCUAGGCGCAUCGUCUUCGUCUACACCCGUUGUAACUCUCAACGCACCAGAAUCAUCUGGUCCGAAAGCUUCUGUCUAUGCUCUCGCGACUGAUCCGUACGGGUCGAUGAUUGCGUCGGGCUCGCCCGAACGAGUAAUUCGGAUGUGGGAUCCUCGUUCAGGGAGACGAAUAGGCAAACUUGUUGGCCAUACUGACAACAUACGCGCCAUGUUGCUCUCGGAAGACGCGAAAUAUCUGCUCACCGGAUCAGCGGAUGCAUCUAUUAAGUUGUGGUCACUCUCCUCUCAACGCUGCCUUCACACGUUCACACAUCACACUGAAUCGGUGUGGUCUCUCUUCUCUCAACAUCCCACGCUCGAGAUAUUCUUCUCGGGUGAUCGCUCAGGGUUCGUGUGUAAGGUCGAUGUGGAAGGCUGCGCAGACGUCUCUGAAGGUGAAUGUGUCGUGUUAUGCCAAGACACAAGCGACCACGGGAACGGGACAGGUGCUGCAGAGGGCGUGAACAAGAUGGUCGGGAUCGACGACACGUACCUCUGGACGGCUUCUGGGAGCUCGAGUUUCAAGCGUUGGAGAGUACCCCCGCGCAAGGCAGUCAGGGCAUCCGCACUGAAUGCGACGACCAGGGAAGGUCAACGCCUGUCUCUUUCGCCCUCCCUAGCACCCUCCAUGACGUCCUCGCAAUCCAUGAUACCGCAAGAGCCGGACACCUUUGCAGACCGCGAAGGAGAGGAGACGUGGUAUGGCAUUCCAUUCGAGAGCCUGGUGCGCUUGAUGUCGCCGCACGACGCAUUCUCUGGCUUUGGCGGGCACGGACCCUUCCCGCGCGGACGCGACCCGGAGAUCGCGACACUGUACUCCGCCGCAUCCAUCAUGAGCAUGCCGCGCCUUACGCGUCCCCUGCACGCCGUGCUUGGCGGCGCGGCCCAGACGCGAAGCACGAGCGAGUUCCGACCGGACGACGCGCAUUCGCACGUCCGCGUGGGCGAGGAGACACAGACGCUGCAUCCAGGGACGCGCGCACGUGCCGCCUUCGAGGAGCGCGAGGUUGCCGCGGACGCGAUCCCGCUCAGGACAGAGCCGGACGAGAUCGUGCAGGGCGAGCACGGGCUCGUACGGUGCGCGAUGUUGAACGACCGCGUGCACGCACUCACAGUGGACACGGCGGGCGAAGUUGCCGUGUGGGACGUCAUACGGGGUGUGUGUCGUGGGCGGUUUCUGAGCGAGGACGUCGCCGCGGCGAGCUUCUGUGGGAGCGAGGCGAGCGUGAUCACCGACUGUGACUCAGGCAAGUCGAGGAAAGAGCGCAGUCCACGUGAGGCGCUAGAGACUGUGCGGGAGCGGGUUGAGGGUGAGGCGGUAGUGCAGUCAUGGGCGACAGUUGACACGAAGACGGGGGUGCUCACUGUCCAUCUGAACGAGAGGUGCUUCGAGGCGGAGAUCUAUGCGGACGAAGCGGGGUAUACGUCUGACCGACGACAUGGGGAUGAAACCCGAUUGAACAUCGGCAAAUGGGUGCUGCGCAAUCUGUUCCACGGCUUUAUCCGCGAGGAACAGCGGGAGCACGUUCGCCGCUCCAGAGAUGCGGAGAUGGCACAUCGACUGCACCGCGGCAGUGCACCUAACCACAUUGACGUUCAGGGGCACUCUCCUGAACGUCGUCGCAGAACCUCCACCGAUUCAUCACAACACUCGUCUGCCCAUACCAGUCCUCCACGGAGCACCAGCAUCGUGUCUUCGCCAAAUAUGCUCCCUGCUGUCUCUCCAGCCAUCUCUGCCGCACCGCGAACGCCUCUCCUAACGCCUCUCAUACCACUCAACCAAGGCAUACGAGAUUCCGUUUUGUCUCCCAUCCCACAAUCGCCGGCAGAAGGCACACCGACCGCGCGCACGCAGCCCGAUGUCGCUUCGAGCGCACCACCGAGUUCCGACUACUUUUCUCUACGUACCCGACGGGGCUCCAUGUCUACCGCCACGAGCACCUCAACUCCAGACGACUUCGCGUCUUGGGCUAGCAGGGAGCCCGGUCAGCAGACGCCGAGUACGCCGACGGCAGGCGGCCUCAUGGGCCGAAUACGAGCAUUUGGGAAGAGCAAUAAGCGGCAGGCAAGCGAGAUUGGUCCGGCUACACCAGGAGGGACUUUAACUGGAAGUGAUGUGCCCGUGACAGGAGCUACAUCCAAGAACCCUGCUCAGACGCUGCUUUCUGGCCCUAUCAAUCCCCCUUCCUCAAAUGAAGCGCCAAAUCUGUCUAUCUCUCCGCACACAUCCCUCAUCAUCUCUGAAGAGGCUGUCUCUGGCUGGACAACUUUAUACAGAGGGCACGUUGCGAGCACUUCUGUUGAUGUACGCACUCUGGAAGAAGUCUUGCCAGUCUGGCUCGCCGAGUACCUCCUGGCAAAUCGGGUACCGCCCGUCCCUGUGACCAAGAUCAGUUUUGUUCUUCUGCCUUUCCCUCAUACAGAUCCGAACGAGCAGUUGCCGGAACUUCUUAACACCGCACAAUCGAAGCUUACUGCUAGUCGCUUCUUGCGAGUGCGAAAGUUAACUACCCAUGUACAGGACAAACUCGACAAACUCGCGAGUUCUCGUGGUCCCACAAUGCCGAACACGCCUCGAUCCUCCUUCGACGCGCGUUCGAUGUCCUCGAGAGGCGAAGGUCGACCACGGGCCGAGGAUGUCUACGAGAUCGUCUGCAAUGACGUGGUACUCCCGUUGGACAUGACCCUAGCCGCCGUGCGACAAUUUGUAUGGCGGCAGGGUGGCGAGCUCGCCAUGUAUUACAGGCGAAAGUACGCCCAUCCUCAGUAA